GGAAUGCAAUCAGCAAUGCACAGCGGCAGGAGGAGCUUGCAACAAGCUGGAGACUGUACCGGUAUCAUGGCGGUGCGCAAGCAGGAUUGGUAGACAAAGAGAAGCUUUCGAUCAUGCAAUGGGGCCCAGAUGUUGCGACCGAUGCGCAAUUAAUGAUCAUGGUGCAAAGAGACGCGGCAUGGAGCCGCUGCAGGACUUUUGAUCAGGUCACCUUACUUUGCAACUUACGGUAGAAGUGCAGGGAGGCGUUGGAGAAAGCUGAAGCUCGGGGUUCAGCUUUCAGCUGGCUAGGUAAUUUGUGCAGUAAGGGAACGAUCGGAAUGGAGUACGUUAAACAGAUCCCCACGAAUUGAAGGUGGUGGCCAAUGGCUUCUCAAGCUCUGUGCACUAGUUGCAGAUUACAGCAUCAGUGAAGGCGGUGUUCGUGUUCUUCGUUUGAGAGGCUCGCCAAGUCAUCGUCAGCGCGAAACUUGUGUACUUUUGCCACAUUCCUCAUGCUGGCCUUGAUGGAGCCAAGCUUCGGGCCAAGUGCAUAUCAGAGUCAGGUUCCAGCUCGGGAGCUGGAUUUCUGGGAGGCCAAGAUGGACGCUGACAGGUACUCCCGCGGAUCAUUUGCGGAGGAGCGGAGAUCUCAAGGUCCCCUGGAAUCCAGCAGCUACAACAUUCCCAGCUCCCGGGGGUUCCGUGAACCCUACUCCCAACCCCCCCCGGAACAGAAUUGGGCUGCCUAUGGCUCAUCUGGGUGGUCGCUUGGCAUGGCUGAGGCCCAGGCAAAUCCAAACAGGGGGCUUCAGGCCUCUCUUGAGGACCUGCACCGAAGCCUAUCGUCCAUCCCCCCAAAUGGAACCAGGGGGGCAGAGUGGGGCCAUGGCUUGGAUGGCAGGGCGGUCGCCAACGGCUGGGGGCCAAUUGGCGAGGACAGGGGAAAGGCAGCCGGUGUGAAUGUGCCCCGGAGCGAGGGCCUCGUAAAGGUCCCGAGCUAUCGUGAUGUGUCGCGGGACGGGUUGAAGAAAGAGGCUAGUGAACAGAAAGUGGAAGCACAGACGAAAACAGAAGAGCAGGCGUCUCCUGGAAAGGAAGGAAGUACCCCACCGGAUGAGCGGACGGACGAUGUCCAAAAGAAGGAAGGGAAGGAGGGGCAAGCUGCUGCGGAGACGGAGGAGAAAGAGCAAGCGAGCGAGGGGGGAGUAGAGGUUGUGGGGAGCCCUAAGGGCAUUGUUGAGGCGUCCGUGGACUUUUCAAGCUCCUUCCCCAGCCUGUUCAGUAGUAAAUUGACCAUGGCUGAGACGGACCGGCGCUUCCGUUCAUUCAGCGACCUCGAAAAGGACACCAUCGGGAAGCUGCUGCCGGACAACGAGGAGGACCUACUGGCCGGCAUCGGACAGAAUGCGGACAUGGACCGGACGGUGCACUCCACUGGAAGCAACGGGUUCGAGGAGCGGGAGGACUUCGACUUGUUCAGCAGCGGUGGCGGCCUGGAAUUGGGCGAUCUCGAAGGCUCCGGCCACGGCUACCGGGCCUACCAGCGUCACAUUGAGGCGUCAGCCGGUUUCGCCCCACCCCUUCCAAGGGAGACGGAAAGUGCAGUCACGGGGCCAAUGGCGGGGGAACAUCCUUAUGGAGAGCACCCCUCGCGGACACUGUUUGUACGGAACAUCAACAGCAACGUGGAGGACUCGGAGCUGAGGGCGCUGUUUGAGCAAUACGGCGCCAUCCGCCAGCUGUACACGGCCUGCAAGCACCGCGGCUUCGUCAUGAUCUCGUACUACGACAUCCGGGCAGCACGUAGCGCGAUGCGUGCGCUGCAGAACAAGCCGCUCAGGAGGCGAAAGCUAGACAUUCAUUUCUCCAUCCCAAAAGAGAAUCCAAGCGACAAGGACGUGAACCAGGGCACGCUGGUUGUGUUCAACCUGGACAGCAGCGUGACCAACGAAGAGCUGCGCCAGAUCUUCAGCCAGCACGGGGAGGUGAAGGAGAUCCGCGAGACGCCGCACAAGCGCCACCACAAGUUCAUCGAGUUCUACGACAUCCGCGCCGCCGACGCCGCGCUGCGCGCGCUGAACCGGAGCGACAUCGCCGGGAAGCGGAUCAAGCUGGAGCCAAGCCGGCCGGGAGGAGCCCGCCGCAUCAUGAAUGUCGCCGUCCCAACCGACAUGAUUGACGAGGACCGCCGCAUGCACGCGUCCCCCCCCCGUCACAAUUCCUGGUCGUCCAUGGGGGGACUGUACCCCGAAGAGACCAACUACUCCGCCUACAACAUGCACCCGGGGCUGUCGAUGCAUUCGGCGGGGGGCAGCUACCACGGGGGAAGCCAUCACUCUGGCGGCAGCAUGCACUCAGCGGGGGGCAGUAGCCACGGCGGCAGUCUUCACAGCGCCCACUCCGCCGCCAACCGCCUCCUUCUGCAAACCCAAACCUCUCCGUCGUACCUCAAACGGGCCCUGUCAGGCCUCUCGACGCACCCAUCCUCGCCCAACCGCCUGUACAACGGCGCACUUGGCCCGGAAAUGGGGCCUUCCAAACUGGGCCCGAUCGGCACCCGUCUCUCCGCCCAAAACCUCGCCGCUCUUGAGUACUCACGAUACGGGGGAUCCCCUCCCGGGGAUCCUUACCGGGGGCUAGAUCGCGGGUCAGGUUUGGACUGGGCCGCCGAAAGGGGUUAUGACCUUGAACGGGUUCUCGCCGCGGGCCCGGACAUCGGGUUGCCUCGCGGGUUAGAGCGGGGGUUAGAGCGGGGUUACGGCCCGCCGCUGCAGCGUAGCAGCACGGACGUGGAACGCAGCAUCCGGGGGGGGACUUUUUUCGUGGAGGCGCUAGCAGCCGGGGGGGGCUCAGUAGCGCCCAGUUUCGACCCCCCCAGCUCGAGGCCGUCCUGGGCGAGUACCACGGCCGGCCCCCGCGAGAAUUUCUCGAGCCCCUACCGCCCCUCGGGGGGGGGUUCGGCGCCCAACCUUUUAACCCCCACUUACCUCGGCAACAGUUCCCCUGAGUCGCUCGUAGGGCGUGCCGGUUCGCUUUCCGCGAUGGGGGGUCUUGAUUCCGGCCCUAGUUCCCCGAAUCCGGGAGGGUUGAUGCACCGAAGUGGUAGUACGGGGCAUUUGGGGGGCCUGAAAGGGGCGAACGGGCAGCCCCCCGAAACGAGGGGACGCCGGCCGGAAACACCGACGGGCAUGCAGGGGGGUUCGGGGACCAUGGUUCAGUAUCAACUGGAUUUGGAGAAGAUCCUGAGGGGGGAGGAGCCGAGAACGACGCUGAUGAUCAAGAACAUUCCCAACAAGUACACCCAGAAGAUGCUGUUGGCCGCAAUCGACGAGCAUCACAAGGGCACCUACGACUUCUUUUACCUGCCCAUUGACUUCAAGAACAAGUGCAACGUGGGCUAUGCGUUCAUCAACCUGGUCAGCCCCGAGAAGAUCGUGCCCUUCUGCGAGCACUUCAACGGCAAGAAGUGGGAAAAGUUCAACAGCGAGAAGGUGGCGAGCCUGGCGUACGCGCGCAUCCAGGGCAAGGCCGCGCUGGUGGCCCACUUCCAGAACUCGAGCCUCAUGAACGAGGACAAGCGCUGCCGCCCCAUCCUCUUCCACUCCGACGGGGAACGCGUGGGCGACCAGGAGCCUUUCCCUGCCAGCACGGCCCCUGCCCGCGUCCCCACCGGCCGGCCCCCGCUGACCCGCAACUCGAGCGGUACCUUCACCCCCAUGAGUAGCAGCCCAGCCACGACUGCCGAGGAGAGCUUCAUGCUGAGUAGUCCCAAUCAGAACCGGGGGUCGGUGUCGUUUCUAAAUAUGGGCAGCGGCUCGAGUGCGAAUAACCUGGGGGCCGGGUGGUCCAUCCAGGAAGAUGAUUUCAACUUUGAGUAGCGGUCGGGAGAAUUGCCCCGAGGGAGAUUGAGACAGGUGUCAGCGUUUCGAGGAGUCGGAGGGGCGGGUAGUAAGGGAAAGCGUGGUGAAAUCUGCGUUCCGAAACGGUGAGACGGAUUGAUUAGGUGACUGGAGGCUCAUGGGGAGUCUUCGUCAGGCGGCAUUUUGAGUCGACGGCGUAAGCUGAGUGGGGGUAUGCAACGGGAAUGUACGGUGAAUGUGCAUUCAUUGAUGUCCUGAAGAGUGUAAGACGCGGCCUUUGGGGUUUAUACAUAUUGAUUUGGCGGAUUGGGUGUAAUCAAAAGCUUGAGAUAAUCACAGAGGCUGCAUUCGGUUGCUGUUGCAUUCAUGAGGCGGUCCUAGCUAUGGGAUAAGCUUCGGCUUUGCCACCAGAAGUCUAGUUCUAGGGUCGAUGAACUAUCUUCAUCCUAGGUGAGAACCUACCGUAGUAAUCAGUGAGCACCCUCAGUCGGUGAACGAACGUUCGGGUAUCUGCGUAUUUCAGGUGUUGACCCUUAGAUCGUGAGCUUUUGAAGGGGCGCUGUGCCAACGAAUUUUGUGAAGUGCAGUGUGCUCUAUGAGAUUGUAAACAAGGCCAACAUAACACGGGACAACAGGCUGAAGAACUGAGAGCGAGUUCCGUUAGCUUAUUGAUGUUGUAUAGGGUAGGACCUGAGUAGCGCUUAGUCUCACGAUGAGAACUGCGGAUUCUACCAUCAGCGACGCCCCAUAGACGAUGUAGGCGUCUCUUUAGUUGAUUGUAGACCUCUUUGAAGUGUAGUCGAAAGACAACCAAUUUGUUGAUGUAAACUCGGGGAUGGUUGCAGUCUCGGUCGUAAAAUCGUGUUCAAUAUGUGAUUGGAUUCAGCUUACGACUAUCAUUACCGGCC